GUGGUCGGGGCUCGGGACUGGCUGCCAUCUUAGUCGAGGGACUGAGGAGUCGCCGCCGCCCCGAGUCCCGGUAACAUGCAUUUCACAGUGGCCUUCUGGAAACAACGCCUUAACUCAAAGAAGUGAUUCAUCCAGUGAGAACUUAAGUCUACAAAGAACUGACAGAUGCAGACACCGCAGAAAGGUUUGCUGUCCUUUUGGUGGUAUGUCUGACAGUGAAUCACAGCUUGGUUCAAUGGGUAGCCUGACAAUGAAAUCACAACUGCAGAUUACUGUCAUCUCAGCCAAACUUAAAGAAAAUAAAAAGAACUGGUUUGGACCAAGUCCUUAUGUAGAAGUUGCAGUAGAUGGACAGUCAAAGAAGACAGAAAAAUGCAAUAAUACGAAUAGUCCCAAAUGGAAGCAACCCCUUACAGUUAUUGUUACCCCUACGAGUAAAUUACAUUUUCGUGUGUGGAGUCACCAGACACUGAAAUCUGAUGUUUUGUUGGGAACUUCUGCAUUAGAUAUUUAUGAAACAUUAAAGUCAAAUAAUAUGAAACUUGAAGACGUCGUCGUGACUUUGCAGCUUGUAGGUGACAAAGAGCCAACAGAGGCAAUGGGAGACUUAUCCGUUUGUCUCGAUGGACUGCAAGUAGAGGCGGAAGUUGUCACGAAUGGUGAUACUGCAUCCUCCGAAAGUGCUUCUCAGGAUGAUGGCUGUAGGCCCAAGGAUGAAACCAGAUUGAACACAAAUGGAUCAGAUGACCCUGAGGCUCCAGGGUCUGGGGAAAAUAGGAAGGUCAAUGGGAGCAAUUCUCCAUCACUUUCAAAUGGUGGUUUUAAGCCUUCUAGACCUCCAAGACCUUCACGACCACCCCCACCCACCCCACGUAGACCAGCAUCUGUCAAUGGUUCAGCAUCUGCCAAUUCUGAAAGUGAUGGGUCUAGUACAGGCUCCCUGCCCUCCACCAAUACAAAUACAUCCGAAGGAGCAACGUCUGGAUUAAUCAUUCCUCUUACAAUAUCUGGAGGCUCAGGCCCAAGGCCGUUAAACUCUGUAAAUCCUGUAACUCCCGUAACUCAAGCUCCCCUACCGCCCGGUUGGGAGCAGAGAGUGGACCAGCAUGGACGUGUUUAUUAUGUAGAUCAUGUUGAAAAAAGAACAACGUGGGAUAGACCUGAACCUCUACCUCCCGGCUGGGAGCGGCGUGUUGACAAUAUGGGACGUAUCUAUUAUGUUGACCAUUUCACAAGAACAACAACAUGGCAGAGGCCAACACUGGAAUCUGUCCGGAACUAUGAACAGUGGCAGUUACAGCGUAGUCAGCUUCAAGGAGCAAUGCAGCAGUUUAACCAGAGAUUCAUUUAUGGGAAUCAAGAUUUAUUUGCUACAUCACAAAAUAAAGAAUUUGACCCUCUUGGUCCAUUACCACCUGGAUGGGAGAAGCGAACAGAUAGCAAUGGAAGAGUAUAUUUUGUCAACCACAACACGCGAAUUACCCAAUGGGAAGACCCUAGAAAUCAGGGUCAACUAAAUGAAAAGCCCUUACCUGAAGGCUGGGAAAUGAGAUUCACCGUGGAUGGAAUUCCAUACUUCGUGGACCACAAUAGAAGAACAACCACCUACAUCGACCCCCGCACAGGAAAGUCUGCUCUAGACAAUGGACCGCAGAUAGCCUAUGUUCGGGACUUCAAGGCAAAGGUUCAGUAUUUCCGGUUUUGGUGUCAGCAACUGGCCAUGCCACAGCAUAUAAAGAUCACAGUGACAAGAAAAACAUUGUUUGAGGAUUCCUUUCAACAGAUAAUGAGCUUCAGCCCUCAAGAUUUGCGAAGACGUUUGUGGGUGAUUUUUCCCGGAGAAGAAGGGUUAGAUUAUGGAGGUGUAGCAAGAGAAUGGUUCUUUCUUUUGUCACAUGAAGUUUUGAAUCCAAUGUAUUGCCUGUUUGAAUAUGCAGGGAAAGAUAACUACUGUUUGCAGAUAAACCCUGCUUCUUACAUCAAUCCUGAUCACCUGAAAUACUUCCGUUUUAUUGGCAGGUUUAUUGCAAUGGCUCUAUUCCAUGGGAAAUUCAUAGACACUGGUUUUUCUUUACCAUUCUAUAAACGUAUCUUGAACAAACCAGUUGGACUUAAGGAUUUAGAAUCUAUUGAUCCAGAAUUUUACAAUUCUCUCAUCUGGGUUAAAGAAAACAAUAUUGAAGAAUGUGGUUUGGAAAUGUACUUCUCCGUUGACAAAGAAAUUCUAGGUGAAAUUAAGAGUCAUGAUUUGAAGCCCAAUGGUGGCAAUAUUCUUGUGACAGAAGAAAAUAAGGAGGAAUAUAUCAGAAUGGUAGCUGAGUGGAGGUUGUCUCGAGGUGUUGAAGAACAAACACAAGCAUUCUUUGAAGGCUUUAAUGAAAUUCUUCCUCAGCAAUAUUUGCAGUACUUUGAUGCGAAGGAAUUAGAGGUCCUUUUAUGUGGGAUGCAGGAGAUUGAUUUGAGUGACUGGCAAAGACAUGCCAUCUACCGUCACUACACUCGGACAAGCAAACAAAUUAUGUGGUUUUGGCAGUUUGUUAAAGAAAUUGAUAAUGAAAAGAGAAUGAGACUUCUGCAGUUUGUUACUGGGACCUGCCGAUUGCCAGUUGGAGGGUUUGCUGACCUCAUGGGGAGUAAUGGACCACAGAAGUUUUGCAUUGAAAAAGUUGGGAAAGAAAAUUGGUUACCCAGAAGCCAUACCUGUUUUAACCGCCUGGACCUCCCACCCUACAAAAGCUAUGAGCAACUGAAGGAAAAGCUGCUGUUUGCCAUUGAAGAAACAGAAGGAUUUGGGCAAGAGUGACUUCUGAGUUACGACCUCACACCCCCGAAGGACAAGAACUUACUGCAAUGUUCGUCCUUUCCUUCCCUGCCUGUUGCACAGCUUGUAAAUUUGGACUGUGAUUAUUUAGAGAGUUAGCUGAGUGUAAGUAAAUUAAUAUUAUCAUUGAGAUUUAUCUCCCAGUGAUUCUGGGUGUCUACUCAGUGUUUUCAGAAAGCAGAUCUACAAACACUAGUCAAAACUUAACAUGAGAUUUAACAUGGCAACAACAUCUCUUGUCUUAUUCCACUAGAUUGUUUGUUAACAAGUUUUAUGUGUGUCAGAAGUCUCACUUGGGAGUAGGCCUUUUGUUUUUUAAGAGAUUCUGCAAAUAUGCAGGGAAGUCUCUUGAUAACUGCAAUAUUACACGAUCUUCCUAUUCGGCCUCUUCCUGCGAGGUGUUUAAUGAAAGUGCAAGCUUAGCCCAGCUCCUGGGCACGUGAGCAAGCUGCUGGCUUGUGCUCUCCCUCCCAUUUCAGCCUUGGCCUGACUGUUGUUUUUCAUUCCUGGAGCAUGAAUCAGUGCAUCAUUUUGAUGUUAUUUGUGGAAAUGAUGCAAGACUCUUGCAUCUUUCUACAGAGUAGUUUUGUCUAUUUGAAUUCAGGGAAAAAUUAGUCCCAGCCAGCAAAUGACUUCAUACCUCUCUUCAUUUGGAAGUUUGAGUAUUUUAAUUGCCUUGCAAAUACUAAACUUUACAAAUAAUGUCAACACUGUGGUUCCUUCACUGUUGUUUUUAAAAGUUAACCUAGAAUUAAAAUUAAUUUAGCUAAAUUCAUCUAAGGCCAUUCUUGAUGAUUUUAUAUGAUCCUAUGCAUAAAGUGAAGGUUUAUUCUUUUAUCAUAAUCCAACAACUUCAGUUGUUUCAUUAAUGAAUUCAAGUUGUAGCUAUUUUCUAGUCCAAAUAGAGGUUGGUUAUACAGUCUCUGAAUUCAUUUUCAAUCGGAAGAAAAAACAAAAAGAUGACAUCUAGCAACCACAGAAAUGUGUUCUCUUCAAAUUUGUCAUUUCUCUGGCACAGGUUGGAGUAGUCAUUUCCAUUUCUUACUUUGUCCCCAAUUGAAUUGAUAUGCCUCAUCUGCCAUAUAUUUUUUAUUCCGGAAACUUUGUAUUUCCCUUUUUUUUCUAUGACUAGUUUAUUUUAGAUUGCUCCUUUAGUAACUGAUGAAUGCACUUUGACCUUCUCUGUAGUAAUUAAUAUAACUUGGCUUAGCCUAUUAGACUGUCAGGAUGGCUGCUGCCAUAGAUUUGACAUUAUGAGCAGUGAGAUGAAGUCUCAGCCAGCUGAGUCCCUAUUAUAGCCAAACCCAGAGGAUAGCCUAUAACUCAUAUAACAGGGAAUUUGGCAUGUGUAGCAUAAACAAAGGUAGCAUGAAGCCAAGAACAUUCAGAGAGUACAAGCCACCAUUCCACAGGAAAAUAACUUUUUUUAUGUCCCAAGCUGCUCAUCCCAUUGACAUCCUGGAACAAGAACAUUUUUUAACUUGUGCAACUAUACUCUUUAACACUGCCAUCACAGCAGAGACUUAAGUGAAUGAAAGGGUUGCCUUCAUCCAGAAAUUGUCAGUGUAAAGGGAGAGAUUAGGUUCUCCCCAACCCUGGUUUUUAUCCUACAUACCACGGGAAAUAUACAUAAUCUCUAAAAAUCCUAGUUGUUUCCAAAGUAGGGUCUCUCUGCCUUUUUGUUGGUAGGGUUUUAAAAAAUACAUGCUAUUGCUUUGUCUUACAGAGCGAAUGUCUGCCAACUACCCACUGUAUAGGUCUGGACUUUGGUAAUAUAUGGUUAUGAAAAUUAAGCCCUCUAUAAAUACCUCCUAUUGAGUUGAAUUCUUGUAUUACAAUAUAGUUACCUACCUACAUAUUUACUAAAUUUAUGAGAUUAAGUGUAAGAAAAUAAGCUUUGAUUCUGCAUAAUGCUUCAUGAUUCACUUAGGGACCUAGAAAUAUUAUGUGAAAAUGUACAAAUAUCACCCAAAAGGCUUUCUGCCCUAUAUUUUUAAAAUACAGAAGUUAUAUUUGAA